AGACGCGAACUCGGUGAGAUUAAUUGUUUGGGUUCAGCAUUUUCAGAGUGCUUGUGAAAAAUUGGUCUCAAAUCUUGAAAAUAAAACUUUAAAACUGGAUAAGAAGUAUCUUGCACGUAUAACUCCUGUCGCCAUCUUCAGAUUAACGGCAGUUUGCUUGUGUUCUAAACCGUAAAACACCAAAAAGGACGAACCGCAUUUUAGCUCGCUGUGCAACCUUGGCUUGUGUUUACGCUAAAGACAUACUGCCGAAGCGAUGGUACCAAUCGGGGGUCCUGUAGGACACGGUGGACAUCCGAUUCACAUACCGACUCCAAUACAAACUGCUCCUCCACCGUCACAAAGUCAGCAUGCACCAUCCAGUCAGAACCGGCAAUCACUAUCGGUGAAACCAAACUACACCCUCAAGUUCACCCUUGCCGGACAUACCAAGGCGGUGUCGGCGGUAAAGUUCAGUCCGAACGGUGAAUGGCUUGCAAGCUCCUCGGCCGACAAGUUGAUCAAAAUCUGGGGCGCCUACGACGGUAAGUUCGAGAAGACGAUCUCCGGCCACAAGCUCGGCAUCAGCGAUGUGGCGUGGUCGAGCGAUAGCCGUCUGCUCGUGACGGCCAGCGAUGACAAGACGCUGAAAAUCUGGGAGCUGAGCUCGGGCAAGUGUCUGAAAACGCUGAAGGGCCACACCAACUACGUGUUCUGCUGCAACUUCAACCCGCAGAGCAAUCUGAUCGUGUCGGGCAGCUUCGACGAGUCCGUGCGCAUCUGGGACGUGCGAACGGGCAAGUGUUUGAAGACGCUGCCCGCACACUCCGACCCCGUGUCGGCGGUUCACUUCAACCGGGACGGGUCGUUGAUCGUAUCGUCCAGCUACGAUGGGCUGUGCCGGAUCUGGGACACUGCCAGCGGCCAGUGUCUGAAGACGCUGAUCGACGAUGACAAUCCGCCGGUAUCGUUCGUGAAGUUCUCGCCGAACGGCAAGUACAUUUUGGCGGCAACGCUCGACAACACGCUUAAGCUGUGGGACUAUUCGAAGGGCAAGUGCCUGAAGACGUACACCGGCCAUCGGAACGAGAAGUACUGCAUCUUUGCCAACUUCUCCGUCACCGGUGGCAAGUGGAUCGUGUCGGGCAGUGAGGACCACAUGGUGUACAUCUGGAACCUGCAGAGCAAAGAGAUCGUGCAGACGCUGCAGGGCCACACGGAUACGGUCCUCUGUACGGCUUGCCAUCCGACGGAGAACAUCAUUGCCUCGGCUGCGCUCGAGAACGAUAAAACGAUAAAGCUUUGGAAGAGCGAUACGUAGAGUGGGAGACGAUAGAAGCGGAGUUAGUUGCGGUGCGAGGAGAACCUUCUUCACUAUCGUUUAAGGGUAAAUUCAUAAACCAGAACAGUAAGUAGACGGUAGGCGAUGCGGACAGUUGUAGCGAGGUAAGAAAGAUUCAGGAUGGUUUUAUAAGACUUCGACAUCUUGUGUAUAAUAAUAUACAAACUAAACGUGCAUGAUAAUGAUACAACAUAUAUAAGGAAACGACA